CCGGCGGGGGAGGCGGCUCCCAGCCCGAGCUCGGGGUGGCCGCGCUUGUUGGCUCGCAGAGCGGCCGGGCCGGGCCCGGGGAACCCCGGCUCUGACCGAGGGGCCUGUGGGUGAGGGCGGCGCUGGUGCCCGGCAGGUUCCGGCCUCCCCAACCCCGUGCUGCAGGCUGCGAACACGUGUGGGUGGGAGCGUAAGCCCAACACAGAGUGGCUGCACGGUAGAGCUGCUCUACGAGGGGAAAACAAAAGCAUGUUUCUUGCUUCACGAAACUUCUGUCGCCGUGGCAUUAAGCUAAGAACAGAUUUGCUUUCCAGAUCCAUCAAACAUUCCACCUCUGCAACAAUGCCCUUCAGACACAAAAACACAAGACGAAUUGAAGGCCUUGAUAGCAAUGUGUGGGUUGAAUUUACAAAAGUGGCAGCAGAUCCCUCAAUUGUUAAUCUCGGCCAAGGCCUUCCUGAUAUAUCCCCUCCCAGCUAUGUUAAAGAAGAACUGGCAAAGGCAGCAGCAGUGGACAGACUGAACCAGUACACCCGAGGCUUUGGACAUCCAUCACUGGUGAAAGCCUUGUCUCAAGUCUAUGAGAAAGUCUGUGGAAGAAAGAUUGAUCCUCUCACAGAUAUCCUGGUGACUGUGGGAGCUUAUGGAUCUCUCUUUAGUACAAUACAGGCACUAAUUGAAGAGGGAGAUGAAGUAAUAAUAAUAGAGCCAUUUUAUGACUGUUAUGAGCCGAUGGUAAAGAUGGCGGGUGCAAAGCCUGUUUUUAUCCCACUAAGAUGUAAAAAUGAUGGAAACUCUGCAUCUAGUGCUGAUUGGGUCUUAGAUCCUGCUGAACUUGCAAAUAAAUUUAAUUCCAAAACAAAAGCAAUUAUUCUGAAUACCCCACACAACCCUAUAGGCAAGGUUUUUACCCUGGAAGAGCUCCAAGUAAUAGCUGAUCUCUGUAUUAAACAUGACACCCUUUGCAUCAGUGAUGAGGUGUAUGAAUGGCUGGUGUAUAAAGGGAAUAAACACAUUAAAAUAGCUACAUUGCCAGGUAUGUGGGAAAGAACAGUAACUAUAGGAAGUGCUGGGAAAACAUACAGUGUGACUGGCUGGAAGCUUGGUUGGUCCAUUGGUCCUGAGCACCUGAUUAAGCAUUUGCAAGUUGUUCACCAGAAUACACUAUAUACUUGUCCAACUCCAUUACAGGAGGCUUUGGCACAAGCAUUUUGGGUGGACUAUAAGCGCAUGGAUCACCCUGACUGCUAUUUUUACUCCCUGUCUCGAGAGCUGGAGAGCAAGCGUGAUCGGAUGGCUCAGCUACUGAAAGGGGCUGGACUAAAGCCUGUCAUUCCAGAUGGAGGAUACUUUAUGAUCGUUGAUGUUUCCACGUUAAAUGUGGAUCUCUCUGAUGUAGAUGAGAAACAACCUUAUGAUUAUAAAUUUGUCAAAUGGAUGAUAGCAUCUAAGAAGCUGUCAGCAAUUCCUCUUUCAGCAUUCUGUGGUCUUGAGACAAAGAAACAGUUUGAAAAAUACAUACGUUUUUGCUUCAUUAAGAAAGACAGCACACUAGAUGCAGCUGAAGUGAUCCUGAAGAACUGGAAUAAACAGACAGGCUGAUUUUUAUUAACUCUUCCAUAUAGUGUAACUAUCUAAUAGUAGGUUUUUUUUUUAAUUGGAAAUUUAAGAAAAAAUUACUUAAUACAGUACAGAAUUAACAUGACAUUGUAAAUAACUUUUUAUUGAUACCUGCUGAGGAGUUAGAACAAGGAUUUACUUAAAUAUGUGUAAAGCAACUCAGAGGUUAUUUUCAGUCUUUUAAAAAUAAAUUGCUUUUCUCUUAAAGAAACCCCAAUGGGAUUAAUUUCUUUUACUAAAAGAAAAGAUUUAUAGGGUUCUGUGUAAAAUAAAUAAAUGAUAUAGGUAUUUUAAAGCCUACAGGUAAAAAAGGGGAGGUGUUUUUGGUAUGACAUAGUAUGGGAACUAGAGAGAGACUUAGAAACAUCUUAGUUUGUGAAAGCAAAUAACCUGCAGUAGAGGAAGAUUAAGACCCAUGGCUCAUAUUAGAUAAUUGCAGUGACUCUCACAUACCUGCCUACCUUCUCUGUCUGAUGAAAUUGCAUCAGUUUAAAUAAAGUGAAAAGUGCUAAGUUA